AAUUCAAAACACAACUGACUAUUACAUUAAUUAAUUGUCUUCGUCGGCAAAAAUGGGCUUCAAAACUGGACUAGUGCUGGGCGCUCUCCUUGCGGGAUGCUUCGCUCUCCCAAAGCCCGAAGAGGACCUGUCAAAGUAUUUCGACCCGCGUGACACCCGCAUCGUCGGCGGCUCAGAGGCCGCAGAAGGCAGUCAUCCUCACAUGGUGGCGCUCCACAAAGGACUACUGGUCUCUAGUUACUUCUGUGGCGGUUCUGUUGUGGGACGCAGAAGUAUUUUAACUGCUGCACACUGCAUUGGUGCAGGAUCCGUUGUACCUGGGAUACUUUUACCGUCUCUCCGGGCUACCGUCGGUACAAACCGUUGGCACAUCGGAGGACAAACCUACAGGCUAAGUCAUGACAUCACACACCCGGAAUACGACUUUCUACACAUCAGAAAUGACAUCGGUCUGCUCAUCACUGACACUGAUAUCCAAUUUUCUGAUCGCGUGAAACCUGUGCCUCUUUCUGUCGUUUUCACCCCUGGGGGAGAGAAAGCAAAAUUAGCUGGCUGGGGAAGAGUAAUUGUUGGCGGUCCCAUUCCUCCAACCCUCCUGGAGCUGGACACCACCAUCGUGGAUGGAGACACGUGUGUUCAGCUCGCAGCUGAGGCUGUGCCGAACUUCCCUGACUUCAGUUUCCCUGAUGUAGAACCUGAAAUCCAUAUCUGUGCACUAAACUCUGUUGGGCAUGGCGGUUGUAAUGGCGACUCCGGCAGUGCCUUGGUCCGCGUCGAGACAGGUGAACAGAUCGGAAUCGUAUCUUGGGGCUUCCCCUGCGCAACUGGAGAUCCAGACGUUUUCGUUAGAGUUAGUGCUUACCAAGACUUCUUGAGCGCUAACCUUGUUUGAGGAUUGUUUUAUUACGACGACCAUUAAUAGGAUAAUCAUGAGAAACAAACUGUAUGAUAUAUGUGAUGUAUCACACUGUGAAGAAUAAAU